GGGAUCCAAAGAGCAGAGCAGAGCGAGGAGUUCGCCCGUGCACUUUUGGACAGCUUUGAGAGGACUGGAUUUGCGAAGCUCAAGGGCCACAUCUUCAGUGCGUAAGAGCUAGAGGAAUUGUUCACCUGGGUAAGAACCCCCCUUGAUAUACCUUGUAGAUGCUGUGACACUGACUUUCUCCGCCAGGGCCGAAAGUUUUUUGACCAGCCAUUGGAAAUAAAGAACGAGAUUCCGAAUGAAAAAGGGCCUAGGCCUAUGCGUGGUUACACCCCAUGGAGAGUCGAGGAAGUCAGGAAGCUUCCUCUUGAUGUAAAGGUUAAGAUCAUGACGGACUCAAAGGUUCGCGUAGACAGCAACUUACUGGCAAUUUUGGGCAUCCUGCCUGACCAUGAUAUUUAGGAGCAUUUUGAUCAAGGCCCCGAAUACGACACAGAAUUCCCAAACAAAUAGCCCAAGGCGUCUGAGCUAUCGGGCUUUCGACCCUUCAUGGAGGGGUUCUACCGUCAAUGCGAUGACGUUUGUAUGACGCUGAUGAAGGCCCUAGAGGUCGCCUGGGGUAUCGACGAUGGGUCAUUGGUUACACGCUGCGUUCCCAAUGCCACAGAUCUCCGACUGACCCACUAUCCUGCAAUCAACGUGGACGAGAUGCAAUCAGGCCGAUCAAGUCGUAUUGCCCCACAUACCGACUUCGGUCCCAUCACACUCCUAUUCCAGGACAGCACUGGUGGUCUAGAAAUCGAAGACCGGACCAAUCCCCGUCCCCAUUCUUUCGUUCCCUUGCCGCCGACCGAUAUGACGGAAAUGAUUGUCAACGUCGGCGAUACAAUGACGCGUUGAACCAAUGGAAAGAUUGCCGGUGAUAUCCAUCGGGUCACCAUCCCAGAAGCAAUGAAGGGGAAAAGCGCCUUGACCCUGCCCCGCAGAAUGUCCAUGGCCUAUCUCUUUAAGGCGGAGCGUAAUGCCUCAGUCGGCCCAUUGUCAAAGUUUGUUUCUUGUGCGGAGCCAGCAAAGUAUCCCGACAUGACGGCUCCCGAAUUCCAAAAAUCGAGAAACAGCAUCGUGUACAACGUUGACGAGAAGAAGUGUUCGAAGGAUUUUGAUAGCUUGAACGGCAUAUCUGGAUACGAGUUUCCUCUGUAGCUAGGUCUAUUCAGCUUUGUAGCCAGCAGGCCUUGACUUCGUGGCCAAGCAUGAUAGCACUAGGUUAUCUGAAUUAAAAAAUUUAGUAUCCUGUCAUUUGCCCUUAUCAUCUCUACAGUAUGUACCUCAUACACCUGAUUUACCCACUGUUUAAUUAUCUUUCGACUCAGCGCAUCCCACGCUUUUAGUACCGAUUCUUUACUAGUAUCGUCGUCAAAGUGAGCGUGAUUGCAUAGGUGUGAAUUAGGCUUGUUUCCAGGUCCUUUAAAGGAGAGGGAAAUCGGGCGAAGAGGGCGCGAUUCUCUAACACUGUAAUCCAAGCUCUUUCUUCCAUUUCUGUACAAUAUUUUUCUUUGAUUCCGCAGUAACAACUUUUUGGGAGAAUCUAGUUGUGCGCGGCGACCAUUUUCCUCCUCGCACUUUUUGAUUUUAUAUGACCUUGUCUCCUCCUUCUUGCCAUUUCUCUUCUUGAUAGUGCAUUAUACUUAUGCCCAGGGUCUCCAUUCUCCUCAAGAAUCAUCAGUGCGUUCGAUUCAUGGCUUAACCAUAUCUUAAGAAAUUAAACAUAAUAACCUUAUAUGGAUGUAAAAUCUAGAAACAGGGAUAUGUCGGAU